CUGAAUGCUACGAAAACAUUACAAAAUAACGCAACAUGAUACUGUGGUCGUAUCCGCCAACGCCCAAACAAUUAGCCACGACUGCAGUAUUCUUCAUCACCGGCGUUUCACUCUUCGGCGCCGGAGCCUACCUCUCACUCGUCAACGUAGCUUCACAACAAGCUCGCGCCAAAGCUCGUAAAGAUUUCCUCAAAGAUCGCCUCAGAAAGCUUCUCGACGACUAGCUUGUUUUAUGUUUGUUUUAAUCAAGCUAGUUUAAAUCACUUCCUGUUUAAUCAACUCCACCGUGUUAUCAUUGGUUCUAUUAAAAUCAUGUGCACUACCGCCAUUGCAUGGGAGCCAGAAUUGCUUCAUCUUGGACCCAAAUAUAAAGUAAGUUGAGCUAGGAGGUUUGGCAGUUUCAGGGGCAUUGCCGCUGCUUCCAUAUGCAAAAGCAUCGCCAUUCGAUUCGUACAGAAGUCAGUGUUAAUUUCAAAUCAAAAUUUGAUCUUACAGAAUUUAUGUAUGAAAUUUUUACUACCAGUCUGAUUAAUAUAUUGAAAAUAUCUGUAAACAAAGUAAGGGUUUAGCAGUUAUGACAUUGAACCAGUACCAUUCUAUAUCUCACCAAUUAUUUACCCAUUGACAUUCAGAUUUUAGC